ACUUCCCAGAAAAGAAAAAAAGUCUAUUUCAGUAGGUGAAGUAGCUGCUGACAUAGGAAAACCGUAAUAAAGGACACUUCUGAAGGAAAAAUUUUAAGAUGUGGUAAAGAGCCUGUGUUUUCCCCUGUCUGGUAUAUAGUGCCUUAAAAAAUGGGGUUUGGAGGUGACCUGAAGUAUUCUCAUGAUGCUUUAUUAAAACUGCAAGACUGGGAACUACGACUGCUGGAAACAGUGAAGAAGUUUAUGGUAAUGAGAGUAAAAAGUGAUAAAGAAUAUGCGUCCACAUUACAGAAUCUUUGUAACCAAGUAGAUAAAGAGAGCGCUUGUCAACUGGAUUAUAUCAGCAAUGUGUCCAAGUCUUGGUUGCUUGUGGUACAACAAACAGAACAACUGAGCAAAAUAAUGAAGACACAUGCAGAGGAUCUUAACUCUGGGCCCUUGCAUAGGCUUACAAUGAUGAUCAAAGAUAAGCAGCAAGUUAAGAAGAGUUUUGUAGGUGUUCAUCAACAAAUUGAAGCUGAGAUGUACAAGGUCACAAAGACAGAACUAGAGAAACUUAAAUCUAGCUACAGGCAACUAAUAAAAGAAGUAAAUUCUGCCAAAGAGAAGUAUAAAGAAGCUGUGGCUAAAGGAAAGGAGACAGAGAAAGCCAAAGAUCGGUGUGAAAAAGCCACUAUGAAACUUCAUAUGUUGCAUAACCAGUAUGUGUUGGCACUGAAAGGAGCACAGUUACAUCAGCACCAAUAUUAUGAUACUACACUUCCUCUGUUACUUGAUUCACUACAGAAGAUGCAAGAAGAAAUGAUUAAAGCCCUAAAAGGGAUCUUGGAUGAGUAUAGCGAGAUCACCAGUCUUGUAACAGAAGAGAUUGUGAAUGUCCAUAAAGACAUCCAGACCUCGGUGGAACAGAUUGACCCUAACUCUGAGUAUAACGACUUCAUAGAUACUCACAGGUCAUCAGAAGUUGUUGAGCAAGAAAUAGAAUUUGAUACGUCUUUACUAGAAGAAAAUGAAAACCUUCAAGCUAAUGAGAUCAUGUGGAAUAAUUUAACAGCAGAAAGUUUGCAAGUCAUGUUAAAAACAGUAAUAGAAGAGCUGAUGCAGACACAGCAAACGCUUUUGAGCAAAGAGAAACUUGUUUUGGAGCUAGAGAAAAAAAUAGAAGAGUCAUCUAAGACAUGCGAAAAGAAAUCUGAUAUUGUGCUCUUGCUGAGCCAAAAGCAAGCGCUUGAAGAACUUAAGCAAACAGUCCAGCAAUUAAGAUGCUCUGAGGCAAAAUUUGCAGCUCAGAAAGAGCUACUGGAACAAAAGGUUCAAGAGAAUGAUGGGAAAGAGCCACCACCUGUAGUGAAUUAUGAAGAAGAUGCCAGAUCAGUGACUUCCAUGCAGCAGCACAGCCUGAAUCUUGAGCAUGGUGUCCUGACAGAUGCUGACUUUCACCAGCAGCCAGUUCAUCAUACCAUUGGUUUUUUUCAUGGCAUUGGUUUUUUAAAUUAUGAGCUGCCAACGGAUGACAAGAAGGAUAAAGUCUCAAGAUUUGACACGAUACGUCAUUCCAUAGCUGGAAUUAUAAGGUCUCCAAAAUCCAUGUUGGGAUCAUCAUCAUUCUUUGAUGUAAUCUCAACCACUGAGAAACCAUUGGCUGAGCAAGACUGGUACCACGGUGCAAUUCCAAGAAUAGAAGCCCAGGAGCUCUUAAAACAGCAAGGAGACUUCUUGGUGCGAGAGAGCCACGGGAAACCCGGUGAAUAUGUCCUUUCUGUGUUUUCAGAUGGACAACGGAGACACUUUAUCAUACAAUACGCUGAUAGUCAAUAUCGUUUUGAAGGAACUGGGUUUCCAACUAUUCCUCAGCUCAUAGAACAUCAUUACACAACAAAGCAAGUUAUUACAAAGAAGUCGGGUGUUGUUCUGCUUAAUCCUGUUGUUAAGGAUAAGAAAUGGGUUCUCAAUCAUGAAGAUGUCACACUGGGGGAAUUACUGGGCAAAGGUAAUUUUGGUGAGGUGUAUAAAGGAACAUUAAAGGAUAAAACUCCUGUUGCUGUAAAAACUUGCAAAGAAGAUCUUCCUCAGGAACUGAAAAUAAAAUUUCUAUCAGAAGCCAGAAUACUCAAACAGUAUGAUCAUCCUAAUAUUGUAAAACUGAUAGGAGUUUGCACUCAACGACAGCCUAUAUAUAUUGUUAUGGAACUUGUUCCAGGAGGUGAUUUCCUAUCAUUCCUAAGAAAAAAGAAGGAUGAGCUGAAAACCAAACAGUUGGUGAAAUUUUCAUUAGAUGCUGCCUCUGGUAUGGCAUAUCUUGAAUCUAAAAAUUGUAUACAUAGAGACCUGGCUGCAAGGAACUGCCUGGUAGGUGAAAGCAACAUUUUGAAAAUAAGCGAUUUUGGGAUGUCUCGGCAGGAGGAUGAUGGCGUGUACUCAUCAUCAGGCCUAAAGCAGAUUCCAAUCAAGUGGACUGCUCCAGAGGCUCUAAACUAUGGGAGAUAUACAUCUGAGAGCGAUGUAUGGAGCUUUGGAAUCCUUUUAUGGGAGACCUUCAGUUUAGGAGUAUGCCCAUACCCUGGAAUGACCAACCAACAAGCACGAGAGCAAGUUGAGAAAGGCUACCGAAUGUCUGCACCACAAAAAUGUCCAGAAGAAAUAUAUAAAAUAAUGCAGAGAUGCUGGGACUACAAGCCAGAAAACCGGCCAAAAUUCAGUGAGAUUCAGAAAGAGCUGUCUUCAAUCAAAAAGAAAGUGACAUAGUGAUGAAGAAGUGCCAAACUCAAUGUCUGGGACUUUAUUUUCCAGUGAAGUAAUUGUUUCCCUCAAACACUAUGCAUUUAUACAGCAUUAUUUUCAAUAUUCUUCUAGGAUUACUUUGAAAUUAACUGGUGUAGCAUCUUGAAUGGUGUCUACACCUGUAUUAAAGAUACAUACUGCGAAAUGCUCUAUAUCCAGUCACAGUAGUACUGUAAUUUAGGUUACAUGUACAUAGGAAAGCACAUACUAUAAAUUUAAGGGACUGUGGCUUCUAUCUGUUUUACAACAAGUAACUGCUCGUGACAUUUUUCAGAGGUAUUCUACUUUAAGCUGUGCUCUCACUCUGCUAUCCCUGUCCUUUAUGUCAGCAUAUUAAUGUGAGGAUUGUCAUACAUGUUGGCCUUAAAACUGAAGACAGUUUUGACAAGUAUUUCAACUAGAAGUUGGGGUUUUUUUUAAUUCUUUCUGCAUCUGAUAUAUUUAGGUGAUGCUUUGUUUUAAACAUGAAACUGAGUUAGAUUCUGGAUGCAAACAUGCUUACUGAAUGGAAAAAUCGAGAUUUUUUUUUGGUAGUUGAUUUACUUGUGCAUUUAUUACCAUACAAGAGAAAUACUUCUGACUUUCUAUGGGAUCUACUUAAAUCACACCUUUUUUUUUUCUUUUAAUGCCAUCAGAAUUCAGUAAAUAUGUUUCUUUGAUGGUUACCUGUGUUUAUUGUAGAAAAAAAAGACCAAUAUUAAGUCUUGAGUGCACAUGCUAAGAAAUACUGCAAACUACCUGCCUUCCAAAAAUAUGUGAAAGUAGUAGGCCAAGAAAAAGAGGUUUAUUAAUGAUAGCAGCAGAUAACAAAUAUCAUUGACCUUAGAGUAGCUAAAGAAUAUGUUGCUAGAUUUGCUUCUGACCCUGAUUUUUUCCUUUAUAUUGAUAAAAAUUCUCAGAAUGCAGCUGAAGCAUGCAAAAGUUAAUUUUGAACAAAAAACGAUUUAAUGCAUAGUGUCCAAAGGAAAAUACUAUUUCUGUAUGGCAUGAGGCAUUUGUUGAAACCACCAAAAGGAAAGAAGUAUGUUUAAAGCCUCUGACAGGGAACAGCAGAGUAGAAAUACUAAUCUAUUUUUCUUACAUUAUUGCAAUCAAAUAUCAAAAGACUGGGGAUAAACAAGGUUUAAUUGCACCAAGAAUAUAAACCUUGUAUUGUAUAUAUAUAUAUAUACAUAUAAAUAUAUAUUAAAAAAAAAGUCAGAAAGAAUAAAAACUUACUAGAUAGGGAAGGGAGGAAGUGCACAAUUUGCUUAGACUCUGGGCCCUCUUUGCAGCUGGAAUUGUUUUCUAGGUCUCUGAAUAGAAAUAGGAACAAGUUACCGUAUCCCUGUCUGAGCUCCAGCAUUAAGGUGCUUAAAAUAUUUCUAGGAAUUUACUAAAAUGUUCAGAUCAAGGGAUACCAGUUGCUGCUAAUGCAAGUAAGAAACAGGGAUUGUAAGUAACACAGCAUCUGGAAUGUUAAUAAGCCUUAGUGUUACAGUGGGAUUGAGAUGUAGUGAAGUCAGUGGCUACAUUACAUUUUUACUUCUGUUAGGGUACUAUUUACAGUAGUGCUGAGUGGUGGUUUAAGGCUGUGUGUGACCAAAAUAUGUGUAUCUAGAAGAGUUUGUCUGUUACAUAGGAAUUAGUGUCCAGCUACAACAGUGAAUGGUUGUGUGGGAGCACGUUGCCCGCAUUUGAGGUAGUACUGUCAAUAUCCAGCUGUAAGGAAUGGUAAGUGCUUCUUGCAUUUUGUUAAGUGAUUUUUUUUCUUGGAGGUAAGGAAGCAUAUAUAUACACAUACCCAUGAAAGUGUAGUGCUUGGAAAACUUGGUGGCAUAAAUUAAAACUUCAUAGUAUGUGUACUGGAUAUAUUUACUUAGUUCUGUACUUCAAGUAGCUCAGAGAGAUUUUUCAAGAGCAAUAGGAAACAUUCUUGUUAGUUUGUAUGCUUCUAAGUAGUACACAGAGUCUGUGCCUUAAUUUGCUAGCAUGCUAAUUCAAGUGCAAGUGACUAAGAUUCAAGAAAUAUUUCACAAUCAUUUGGGAAAAUCUGAGAUUCAUCCAACUGCAUUUGCUUACAUAGGCAUCCCUGAAGUCUGCAAGAAAGGAUAACCGUGUCAGCAUUCAUAGCUUUUCUGGGGAGUCAAUAUUAAUUUGUUAGAGAGGUGGACUGUUUCUUUGCCAUAUGCCCUCUUGACAGCAAGAAAUACUGCUUUAUUCAGAUAAAAUACUGUUUUAUUUGUCAUAAAUUAACCAGUCACCAUCCUGACUCCCACAGAAAGAUAAAAACAGUACUAACAUUUUAUUCUGAAAUAGUUAACCUCCGUACAUAUAUAUCACACUUCUGUUUAAAUUUAAAGUCUUUUUAAAACAGGGGAUUUCUAUAGAAUUAGGAAAAUCUGUUCCUGUUACUGAAGCAGGCACCAGUUCAGUUCAAAACUAGUAAUACUUUGGCAGAAUACCAGAAUGGCUUUAUAGGUAUAGAAUAAAUUUCAACAUAGGUACAUGUCUUUCUAGUUACUUAAAUCGAAAUAUCAAAUAUUUCUGUAUCAUUAAUUUAACGGUUUGUGGCAGAAUUUGUUUGUCAUGUCUGACUUGCAAUUGUUGAAACUAUUAAAUUUAGGAAGGAACCCAUACCUAUAAACACUGUAGGCUUCUCACAGAAGCAUUCACAACCAAGCCUGCCAUGCCAUAAAAUUUAAAAGACAGACAUGGCACUAAAGAAGCAAAGCUGCAGUAUCUUCUCUCCAUGGCCUUUUGAUGACUUAAUCUUGUCAGGUUAAUCUUACCAGGUUAGCCAGAUCCUGGUUUUUUUGCUCAUGUACUGUGUUUAUCAUAGAGAGCUUAACAUAGAAGUUAAGCUUUGGUCUCUUUUGCAAGCAUGGAUUUCAGGUUAGGUUGUUACACUGGCACUGUCACAACCAGAGGAACCCUGAGGGAAUUCUGAAUUAUUUUACUCUGUUAAAUGUAGGAAACUCUGAAUACUGUUAUGCUCAGCUUGUAAUGUGAGAGGGAAUUCGACAGGUUAUCCUUACUUUGAUGUUAUCUUUAGGAAUUACAUUCAUUAUUUUAAGAAAAUAGCUUUGAUGGCAAAAAGUGCAUCCUGAGUUUGUUUUUAGUAGAAAAUAAGCACAUAUUAGCUUCCAAGUCCAGUCAUCAGUGAAAUGAUAAAGUUUUCUAAGCUCCUUUAUUUUAUGAAAAGUAAAAUACUGAAAAGUAUCUUGUCUGGAGACAAACCUUGCUUCAGGAGAAUGAUGUUGUAGAGUUAGCAUCCCACAAAGGCAUUAUCUUUGAAAGGUGCAUUUUCAUUAGUUUCUGUGAAAACCAGUGAACUAGCUUUUCAUUUAUCAACUACAGUUAUAUUGCAUUUCUUCUUAACAAAAACAUGCCUUUUUGCAGAGUUGCCCAGAACUAUUUUAGAAAUUAUUAUUGGGAAGUGCAUCACCAGAAGGCCAUCAGUGAAAACUGCAGCUGGUAAAGCCCAUUCUUACUGACAGGAAGGAGAAAAUUGGUUAAGGAAAUAUUAGGUUAUUCAUACUUAAGUAUUUUUUCAUUCAUGUCUUUGACCACCUGUUACGCAUAGUUAAAUCCUACAAGCACAACCUUAAAACUGAAUAUGAAGUUACCCGUUUGUUACCCAUACCUCUUUAUAGCUGUUUUGUUACCCUUUUUGCACCCAUUGUAAAGGUAAUAAAGAAAACAAAAAAGAAGGAAAAACCCCCACAUUUUUCUGAUGUUACAGUGUAACCAAGUCUCAGAAGCAUUUACAAAUGUCUCCCCUCCAGUUUUCCCAGAUGUGCUGCUGCACAAAUAUUAGCAGUGACUAAAUACUUGCCCCGUUUCCAGUAUUCCUGCUGCCAUAUCCUCUAAAUGUCAGUGCUACUCAGACCUGAGGGAGUGCAAUAUUUGAAGACCUAACCUAAGCUAGUGUGUAAAUAGUGUCAUCAAACAUGGUAUUCAGCAGUUCUGAAAAUAAUUGAUUGUCACAAAUAGUAACUCACUGUGAAGAUCAAAUAAAGAGAAAGAAGCUGAGAGAGUCCACUUUCUGUAACAGCUGUCCUGUUUGUAGGCACUAGGAAUAUUUCUUUGUGCCAGUGCACUUGGAUUUGUAACAUUUUUAUGGCUAAGCAUUAAAGGAAAAGUUACCAAUUUUUUUUCCCCUAAAGCACCAAAGGACUUCAGAUAUUGUUGGAAGCUUUCUUCCUAGGCAAGUCAGGGAAGAAUAGCCCUGCUACCAAUGAAGUUAUGUAUUUUUUUUCCUUCUUCGAAUGGUUUUCAUGGAGUCCUUCACUUCCAGUAAUAAAUAACCUCAGUUAGAAAUUAGAACAUGGCAAGUACAAGGCAAGUCCUGUAUUCCUGAAGUUCUAAACAACCAUGAGUUUUUAAGAGAUCUGGUCAAUUUGAAAUAUCAGCUCUGUUAAAAAUGUUUUCUUCCAGUUUCUUUCUGCAGAUUUACUGAAAACCAAAACAAACAGAAGAGCAGUCCUUAAUCUUCAGCAGCAACUUACUUGGAAAGUGAAUCAACCACUUCCAAGAGUAACUAUUCCCUGGGGUAGCUUCCCAUUAUAAACAAAUAAAGUUUAAAAGUGGAAAGCUCCAACUUGAAAUGGAAGAAUCAUUUAACUUGUCACAUUAUUAACAGUCAAGUAUUACUAACAUUUCUUUCCUCAAAGUCGUACUGAAUUGUGAUUUCCAGCUCCUACAUGCAUUGCAGAAUUGCCUAUUAGUGUUAUUAAUACCUAACUUUAGUUUGCUGAGACCUGCAAUUUCAAAUAAGGGAAGAUUCUCUCAUCAAAAAUUCCAGCAAGAUCUGCCUGGUAGCUCCAACAUUUUUACUUAUUUUCAUAAUCAGUUACCAGAGUCAUUGUGUUCAUUAUAAUAAGUACCACACAGAAUAGGAGCUGGAAACCUGUCUUUAAGCUUUCACAGUUUCAGCCCUGGAAUCCAACUUUAUUUUGCUUCUCUGUCAAAUAUGCAAAAGAAAUUUCCGUAUUUGAGCCUUACUAGUACUCUAUAAAGCAGAAAGGUUAAAAGAUGUAUUUACUGUUCUCUCCCAGGGAAUGCUACCUCUACCAAUAACCCUAAGUUACCAUUCUGUCCUCUUCUCUUUGAUAUAAAAUAUCAGCUGGAAUAUAUGUGCAGGUAUAGAACUUGGGUGUUAACUCAGUUCUUUCAUUUUCAGGUACUUAUAUAUUAUUGUCUGUUUCAGAGCACCAUUUUCUCAGGCAUCAUCUAGACAGGAAUUAAAUUAGAAUUUUCAGAGGGUUUAUAUGGGAGUGAGGGGUAUGAGAUAAAAGACUAAUUAGGUCACUAGCUACAAACGUUGUUUUGCUGGUGUUUAAGAUUGUAGCUGUGGGAGGGUAGUGUAUUUAGAGAUCUCAGAUCCAUAUGCCUUUUCCAAACAAACAACUGUUAGGUAUGCUUACAAAAAAAUGAAUAAAUAAAACCUUAAAAUCUAGUUGACCAAGCUCAUAAAUUGAAAACAUAGAGGAGCAAUGAACCAGAUUCUUUCUUCCUCUGUCUCCAGAGUGGAAAACCUUGUUAAAUACAAACUGAGUUAAUUGAUUUAUUGUUUAUAGAUAAAUACAGCCUCUGAACCAGUAUGGUAACCUGGGAUUCACACAAAGCACAGAACACUUGGAAAAAAUCCUUAAUUGCUCUGUUUGGAACUGUCAUCUAGUUUUAGAAACACAAAUGUUUAUAGAUAAGUACUUAUGUUUUGUGAAUACAGUAAGUGAGCCAGCCAUCUGAACUCUUCAUCAAUAUAAGGCAAUUAGGCUUUUUAAAAGAAAAAUCAGAUCAGUGAUUCCCUCUGCAUUAAAGAUGUUGAAAGUAUGAGCCAGAACUUUCUACUACUAAAAAAAAAUGCAGUGUAUUUUUUUCAGUCAGCUCAAUCUUUCUCAGCAUAUGAAGAAUUCCAUCAUUGUCACAUGCAAGCAAUAAUGCAAAAAUCUUGGAUUACUGGUAUAUAAACAAGUGACUCUGAGCUGUUUCUUAAUUCUCUAAGAAUCUCUCUGCUCUUUAUAGAGGGCUGCAGUAACCUUACACUUCCAGCUGAGCUCUGCUGCACUGUACUUCCAGCUGUACUGUACUCCCAGCUGAGCUCUGCUCUACUGUACUGAGUAUCUGCACUGUUGCAUCUCCCAGAUAUUUCCUAAAUCUGAAGGCCUCAUGUACCACAGAUGGCGCCCUUUCACUUACCAAAAGAACUUAUUCUGGUUGCAGAGACGUCCAAACACACUCCUGCUUUUGUUUAAUUCAGAAGUAGUGUGGUGAUGUUAUACUUUGAUGCCUAGGGUAAUGUGUUUGUAUGAAAAUAGAAGCAGCCAUGAAUCAAGGUGAAGCACAUUCAAAUCGCAUUUUAAGUGAAAUUGCAGACCCUAGCUAUAUCACAAAUUGUGCACAUCAUAAAAUAUAUCAGAGGAACAACAUUCUUGACUCUCUGGUUUACAAUACAGAACAUCUUGCUCCACACAGGAAGAAUUACAAAGCUAAACACGCUCCUUGACAUUUUGCUGUCAGGCCAAAUUGGAAUAGCAUCUUCAAAAUCAACUGCAAUGACUUAAUUCCACCUAAACCUUGUUGUGAACUUCCUCCUUCUUCACAAACCUUUUCAGAUAGCGUUAAUUUUCAUCAUUUUGCUUUCAGAAAUUUGAAUUUACUAUGUCGUACAACAUUUACUUAUAGUGAUAAUUAUACCUACCCCCUGUCCCCUCCCCACUAUGAAGUGCUGAGAACUGCAAUUCCAGAAGAUACGGAUUAUUGUUAUGUACAGGGAACUGAGCUUGCACUGGGUCUCUUGAAAUGUCUGUUUACAUGUCUGUUUCCAGGGUUAAUUGUACCAUUACCUGUAAAUCACAAGUUAAUUUGUUUUUCCACCAAGCUUCCCACUUAAUUUUCACUAAAAUGCUUAAAAACAUGUAAUAGGAAAAAGAAAAACAUUAUAUAGGUUCACCACACAGGACACAAAAGGCAGGCUACACUCCUCCUACAGAGGAGUGAAAGCCUACAUUAAACACCUGCCUUGUUCCUUCUGUUAAAGGACUUUCUGGGAUGAAACUGGGGCUGGGGUUGUUAGAAUGGCUGAUUUCAAAAUUGCACGUGUUGCUUUUCCUUUGUGUAACUGUUGGCAGCUGGAGACAGAGCAAGGGUGUUGGGGAAGGAGGGAAAUUUGCAUCACUGACGUGCUGUCACAAGCCAGACUUUUGUCACCAGUAGCCUUGAGUGGGCACAGAUGCCAUUUGUAGAUAUCUUUAGGUAUCUAUUCAAUUCUCAAUUUUGUGCCAAAAUAUGCACCAGCAAGUCUAAUAUCAGGUAAAGCAUCUUUAAUGCUCUUUGUUGUUUAAAAAUAAUGUAUUUGUGAAACAGUUCAGUAAUACGUAACACUGGAAAUGGGUGCUCCUUCCCUAAAGUACAUGUAAAAUAAAAAUAAAAGAAAAAAGAAACAACAUUUGUGAGUUUGUCUGGCUUUUAAUCAAGUCUGAAAAUGAUAACUAUGUUAUACAGUCGCCAUUUGUCGGUCCUUUAUAAUUUUAAAUGGAUCUGCAUUUUAACUUUAUUUAUUUGCCAAUUUUUUGUACACUUUAGAACUCAAGCUAACUUUAUUCUCCUAGGCUGUUCUAUAACAGAUUUUCUGUAUUUUUGUGAACCGCAGACAUUUUUUGAAUAGUCCUUUCUUCUCUCCUUUGGACCAGUUACCACUAAUGAGUCUGCAGUCCCCUUUUUACUGUACUCUUCAAUAAAUGUAAAAUAUUUGUAUCAA